ACAUAUACCAAACUUAAAGCCCAACUCGAUACUGCCAAUUCCUAGUGCUUCUUCAUUCCCAGUUCCCCACCUUCAAAGCUCUGCAAUAUCCCUCACAUGAAGCUCUCUAAACCUCUCUUCUUCUCCUUCAUCUUUCUCCUCACUUUCGGCAAUCCCGGCGGUGUUUAUGCUUCCGAUGCAGGCUAUAAUGACAGCAAGAAGAACGGAAUAAAUGGGUUCCGACCCACCAAACUGUUUGUGUUCGGAGAUUCUUAUUCCGACACCGGGAACUACCGGAAAUUGGAGUCGUUUUCUUGGAAGCAGCCUUAUGGCAUCACCUUCCCCGGAAAGCCUUUCGGCCGCUUCUCUGACGGCCGUGUUCUCACUGAUUAUAUUGCUGAAUUCUUGGGAGUGAAGUCUCCGACACCGUUCAGAUGGAUGAAUCAUGCUCAGCAUCGGCUGCAAUAUGGUAUGAACUUUGCAUUUGGCGGCACCGGCGUGUUCGAUACAUUUAUUCCGGCGGGGCUGAACAUGACAACACAGAUUGGGUUUUUGCAAAAACUGAUUGAUGAUUCUGUGUAUACAAACAGCGACUUGCAGUCUUCCAUGGCCUUACUUACCGUUUGUGGCAAUGACUAUUUGGAUUAUCUAUUAAGAGGUCGUGGCACUAUAGAGGAUCUGGUGCCAUACACCAAAAAAGUGGUAAACCAGGUAGCUACAAACAUGAAGCGCCUCCACAGCAUGGGAGUCAAGAAAGUGAGCGUCACGUCUAUGGAACCCAUAGGCUGUCUUCCUGGUGAGACUGCCAAUUCAUCUUUUCGACAGUGCAACGACAACUUGAACUCUGUUGUCAUGUUGCACAACUCAAAGUUGCAGAAAAUGGUGGCGCGGCUGAACAGCCAGACCCCCGACUCCCCUUACUUCAUCCUCGACCUCUUUAGCCCCUUCAUCACCAUCUUCAAGCAAAAGAAACUCCCUCAAGAAGGUAGUACGAGGUUCGAGACGCCAUUGAAGCCGUGUUGCGUGGGAGUAAGCAAGGGAUAUGAUUGUGCCAAUGUGGACCAGAAAGGGGUGAAGAUGUACAAGAUUUGCAGUGAUCCAAACGUGGCCUUCUUUUGGGACAGAUCUCACCCAACUCAGGCAGGGUGGUCGGCUGUUUAUGAAUCUUUGAAGGCUACUCUCCAUGAACACUUGUUCUAGCUUUCAACAUGGUUUUCAUGAACUCCUCGUAUUUUCACUUGUACCCCUAGAUUACCGUUUAGUCUAUAUUGACCCCUUUUGUUAUAUGAAUUCAGGUUGUGUUUAUUUGAGACAUUUGGGGUCUGUUUACUAACAUAAAAUUGUUUUAUGUUUUCUGUU